CUUGUUAUGUUACUUUACUCCCUCCGGAAGCGGAAGACUAGUUUUCUUCGUAAAUGAAGUUUCGGCAAAGUUUGUCAAAUUCCAGUUCAACGGAGUUACUUUUCAACGCUUCAAACUCCUUUUCAACCCGCAUCACAAUGGUGACUUGCCCCUCGCUGUAGCAACACAGCCUGUGGAGAAGAGGAAGAGUGGAUCCAGGAGAGGACCAUGGAGCAGUGUGAGACUUCUGCGAGCCCCAGCAGGGAUCACCCAUGGAAGGCAGCGACCAUGAAGAGGAUGGCCUGGGCCCAGAGCAGAGACUCCUGGCAGGGCCCCUCUGAGAGUCAGGACACCCAGGAUCAGGAGGGUUGCAGCGAGGAGAUGGUGUCCCCGGAGCCCACCAUGGAGACGACGGCCCCCGCCGAGGAGCCAGGGCGCUUCCCUAACAAGAUUGCAAGCUGGCUCAAGGACUGCAGGACUCCUCUUGGGGCGUCUUUGGAUGAGCAGAGCAACAUGCAGUCCAAGGGAGUGAUGAAGAAUGGAUGCAGCUUUGAAGACGACUUGUCUCUGGGAGCUGAGGCCAACCACCUUCAGCCCAACAGUGCCAAAGCAGAGACACCCUGCUAUGGAAUGCCUGCGAAGGACAAGAGGAGCCAGUUCCGGCAGAAAGGCAGGAGUAUGAACUCAACGGGAUCAGGGAAGAGCAGCACCACUGUGUCCAGUGUGUCUGAGUUGUUGGACCUCUAUGAAGAAGAUCCAGAAGAGAUCCUGUAUAACCUGGGGUUCGGCCGGGAGGAGCCGGACAUCGCCUCUAAGAUCCCCACGCGCUUCUUCAACGGCUCCUCCGGAGCUAAGGGCAUCGACAUCAAGGUCUAUCUGGGAGCACAGCUGCAACGCAUGGAGAUGGAGAACCCCAACUAUGCCCUGACAAGUCGUUUCCGUCAGAUCGAGGUCCUGACCACGGUGGCCAACGAGUUCUUCCAUCUCUACUCCCAGGUCUCCGGCCAGCCUGUCCAGAAGAUCUGCAGCCUGGAUGGGGAACCGCUCACCAUCGUCCCUCCUUCUCCUCUGAGGAGGAACAACUCAGCCCUGAACGCAGCCAAGAUCCUGAAGAAGACAAUCACUAAACACAACCUGCUGGGUGGGUUGGGGGAGGGGGGUGCUCCUACCAUCACAGCCCUGUCUACGACAGAGAAACUGGCAGAACAUGUGAGUCCAGGUACAGGGGACAGCGCCGUCACAACUGACUCCGACCAUAAGGGUGAGCUCAAGCAGAAGGCAUUUAGGAAGAAGGACUCUCCAUCUCUGGCCACUGUGACUGAGGAGAGCCACUCUGGAGGCAGCACUGAGGCCACCCUAAGUGUCAAUGGAGACCACCCUGGAGUGAAUGGAGAUGGCCAGGCAUUGACCAAGGAGGGUGACCUUCGCCUGUCCAACGAGGCUGACUUGGAGAAAGAGCACCAAGACAUUCAACUGAAGGGCCAGCGAACAAUCACAUCAACCCCAGACAAAGAACCUAACUACAGCCUGCUGCCCAACCCUCACAUCGCCCACCUCCGCACACAGACCAAGGACUCCUUUGAGAUGGAAGAGGUCCAGAGUAAUGAGGAUGAGGCUUUACCUGGGACACACAGCACCUCUAGAGCUGGCAGUGAGCAACUACUAAGAACAGCCAGCCAGCAGUCAGACAGUAGUGGCUUUGCAGAGGACCCUUCUACUGACGGCUCAGCUAACUAUCUAAAGGUACAGGAGAGCUCCGACAGCUGUGACAGUGAGACCACAGUGACGUCUCACGCUGGGGAGGGGACCACUCCUCUAGCGCUGGAACACCCUGCCUUUGGGAGGCUGCAGGGGGAGGAGGAGGAGGGGGAGGAGGAGGGACAGAAACACCUUGUGGCAGACGGAAGGAGGAGCCGGAGCCCUAAUGGGGGGGAGGAGGAGCAACAGGAGGUGCUACAGUACACCACCCAUCAGUUACCUAAACAAGGAGACAGAGGGGUGGCCCAAGACUCAGAGCAGGACCAGAAGCAUAACAAGGAAGCUGCUUCUGUUCAUGCCUCUGACACUUUUCAGUUAACUCCUGAGACUUACUGUACUGCUGAGCCUCACGUGGAGGAUGAUCCUGGUUCUACAGAAGACCAUGGCUCCGUCCCGGCCCCAGACUGUAGCUCUUCUGGUGCCCCAGCCAGGGAGGGUGUGCCUGACAAAGUGGAGAUGGAAGCCAGAACCCCCAGCCCUAGCGCCAGUUGCCCUAGCCUAGGUGCCUCAACCAGGGUCCAAGGGGCCCUUCACAGGGCCCAGCAGAGGGCCUCGUCCUCAGGCCUCCAGGGUCACCGGAUGGAAGGGAAGCUGACAGCCAGGGAUCUGUUCAGGAGAAGAGCCCCCCUGACGAGGUCCCGAUCCCUGCCUACCUCCCUCCUCAUCCCCUCCCGUGUGGUCUCCUCUGUCAGGAUCCAGUUUGGCCAGGGUACAGUCAGGCACUGCACCCAGCCAGCCUUCUCCUACCAAUACACCCCAGAAGAGGAGGAGGAGGUGGGGUCCAUCGUGGAAGAGGAGGAGGAGGAGGAGGAGGUUGUUGAGGAUGGGUGUCAGAGGAGAGACAGCUGCCUCUCUACCUUGAUUAUCAACAGAGGGACCGAGAUAUCGCAUGGCCCCGGGCUACAAAGAGAUGGUGAACUGAGAGGCCUUCAGGGCAGGGUGCCCCCUUACCCCCUGGCCAUCCCCCGCCACCUGACCCGCUCAACCGUCUCACUGCACAGCCACAGCCCCCCUCCCGAGUGGGGAGAGAGGCCUUUGGGGGAGCACCACCGUGCCUGGAGCACCUGUAGCGUACCUAACCUUACCCAACAUAACAUGGCCCACUUCAAUAACCCUAACCUCACCCAGCAUAACCUGGCCCACUUCAAUAACCCUAACCUCACCCAGCAUAACCUGGCCCACUUCAAUAACCCUAACCUCACCCAGCAUAACCUGGCCCACUUCAAUAACCCUAACCUCACCCAACAUAACCUGGCCCACUUCAAUAACCCUAACCUCACCCAGCACAUCAACCCUAACUCCAACCUAACACAGCACUACCUAGUCCAACACAAUCAACCUAACCUUACUCAACACAACCUUGCUCAGCACAACAACCCUAACCCAGCCCAGUACAACCCCACUCUGCCCCAUGGCAGUGUCCCCAACCUAGCCCAAUACAGCAACCCUAAUCCCUACUUGUCCCACCACAAUAGUCCCACCCUACCCCAUGGCAGUGUCCCCAACUUGUUCCAGUAUCAGCCCUCCACCCACCACCACCACACCCUCCAUAGCCACCCUACCCAUCCUUAUGGUAGUGUACCUAACCUUCCCCAGCACCCAGCUCCCACCUUACCCCAUCAUGUGACCCCUAACUGUCCUCCUUCUAGUGCUCUGUACACUAACAUGGGUAACCUUCUUCCACACAACUUCCCCUGUUCCCUGUACAGCUCCUCCUGUAACACCCCACCCCUUAGUGCCCCCUUCAGUUCAACUUACCAUAACUACAGCGGUAACCCCUAUAGUGGGUCCUACAACGAGCUAAGCAGCAACAAUCCUUAUACUGCCCAUAGCUCUUACUCUAACCCUUCAAACACACCUUCCAACCUGCCUCAUCUCUCUACUGCCCCCUAUGGAGGACCAUAUAGUACUCCAUACUUGGGCCACCACCCUCUGAUCCCCUACCCUCAUGACCCUAUGGCUACAACCUCCCGUCUUCCCCCAGCCCUGUCUACCACUGAGAUGCAACUGAGAAGGGUCCUUCACGACAUCAGAGGAACUGUGCAGAACUUGGCUCAGAAUUCAUCAGAACGCGGAGCAGACACUCCCUCCGACAUGUUCAACCCUCAGAGACCUGCCCAGCCACUGUAUGAGACUUCUCUCCAGGAGCUGCAGGCUAAGAGAAGGAGUCUGAAUGUGUUCCGGACUCAGAUGAUGGAUCUGGAACUGUCCCUGAUGAAACAACAGGCGUUAGUCUACCAGCACCUCAGUCACGACGAGAGGCAGGAGGCGGAGCAGCUGCAGGGUCUACGGUCUGAAGUGAGACAGGAGCUGCAGGAACUAGAGCUCCAGCUGGAGGAUCGGCUGCUGACCCUGAACGAGCAGCUCCGCUCUGCCAGCCAGCACAGUCUCUACCGCCACAGCAUGGGUAUGAAGAGAGGUCACAGCAUGGACAGCCUGUCUAACAGUUCUGCUCUGAGAGCUAUGGAGCCGAUGUCAGACCUGCUGAGGGAGCAGCUGUACCUGCAGACAGAGCUGGGCUACGAGGGCAGGGCAGAGGGUGGAGCUAGCAUGGCCCCCACCCCCACCUCAGGCCUCUCUUCCAGGUCAGCCAGUCCAACGAGGUCCUCUGGACGUCACCCUGGCCCAUCCCACGCCCCGGAGCUGUCCCUCCCAGGUCCCCAGAAGACUGGGAUGUACCGGGCUUCCGUCUCCCUCACCCCGGCACCCCCUCCACGGCCUGGUGCUGCCACAUGGGUAUCCCAGUGCUCAGACCAGGCACUGCCAGUGCAAGGUCCUGGAGAGGAGGAGGAGGUUGGAGGAGGGAUAGCAGCUGUAGACCCUCACCUACUGGAGGAGAGGGGCAAAGAGAGAGGAGGAGGUGGUCUAGGAGAAGGAAGAGCAGACAACCCCAAUCUACAGGAGCUCAUCAAGGAGAUCAAAGAGAGUCUAGCUGAUGAGAUCCGACAGGAGAUAGUCAAUGAGCUCCUAGCUGCCGUGUCUCCACGACGAUCACCUGUGUCGACCAGAGAAUAUCCGCUGUGAACAUGACGACAGUUGAACACUGAUGAGGCCUGGUGUAGUCUCCCCAACCUGAACACUGGUGAAGCCAUGCACUGAACAGCCCAACAACCCCUUAACACUGUUUCAACUAUUUACAGAGAUCAUGUCAGAUGUGUUAACACUGUGUUUCUACCGUAGGAAUAGAAUUAUAUUUCUAUGGUUUCUACUUCAGAGAGUGUGACGGUGGCUGGUACCUUAACACCCGCAUGCCUGGUGACCUGGGAGACACAAAUGAUGCUAUAUAUUUGCUUUUAUAGUGAACUCUUCUUCUGUCUUAACGGUCCAAUUUCAAACACAGAAUGUUACUUGGUGUGUUUAUUUUGCUGAAGAUUAACUAUGUUGUUAAAUAAUCAUGAACAUUAACCCAAAAUGAAAUGAUUUUGACAUGCAAAAAUGUGUUUAAGGUUAAUUCUAUGAUUUUCUUUUUCACCCUGGCUGUGUGUGACGUUAUGUUACGUUAGGCCUAUGCCAUGAUUCUGACGUUGUGUAUGGGUUGUAUUUAAGCACGUAGAUGUGGGUCAGAGUGCAUGUCUUGUCCUGAAGGUGUAAGAUGACCAAGGUUGAGGAGACUUAAGGCCUGGUUGAUGAUAAUGGUUGUAUGGGAGUUUAGUGUCUGCUGUAAAUGACCAUGCCCUCUUCUAAUGCAACCUCUAUGAGGAAUGAACCAGACCUGGGUUCAAAUACUAUUUGAAAUCUUUGAAGUACUUUGAGCAUUUUCUCUUGCCUGCCAGGAGGGUCAGAUAGGUGGGGUUUACUGUUUUGGGACUAUUAUAUUAGUGAAUUAAUCCAGGCAUGCUCUGAUAAAGUAUUUGCACCCAGGUCUAGAACUAACUGUGCAAUACAUUUCACUGUCUCUGAACUUGAAAAGAUCAAUAGUAGAAACUACUGUUUUUGAAACGCACCACUUGAAGACAAGUGUAUGCAUUAUAUUAAUUCCACACUUUUGUCCUGGGUCGUGUUCAUUAGGGUAACAAUGGAAAACGUUUAAAAGCAUUUUUCAACUAAAUGAAAGUUUCUUAUUGGACUAAUAAGUCCAGUAAGUCUCUCCCUGUUUCAGUCCAUUUUCCUCCGUUUGGUGGUUAAUGAAUCCGACCCAGAUGUACGCGUUUUUGUUAGAAAACCGUCUCACGUGAAAAGCAAACAAAGUUCACAUUCCUAACUGUAUUUCUUAUCUUAAACAGAUGUUAAAACCACUAAAUGUAUUUGUCCUGAUAUAUUUUCUUUAAAGGAAUGAGGAAAGAGAUACUGUAAAAGAGAGACUUCUGUCUUGAACUGGAGAGUAGAAUGAACCGUCUCAUCUGAUAGACUCUGGUAGAACUGUCAAUAGAGCCUAUUGUUCCCGCUCAUACUUUUGGACAGAAUCAUUGUGUAUUUAUGAGUAUAUUAUAUUUCAAAUGUGAGGAUUAUAAUGUUGUAUUUUCCUGCUGGAUUUGUAAUUAUAAGAUGAAACAGACAUUUAUUUUACCACAGAUGUUUAAUUAUAUUGUUUUCCAAAAUGAUUUAUUGUUACUAACUGAUUUAUUUCCAUAUGUGGCUACUUCCUGCUAAUGGGGAGCUUCUUUUUAAUCAGAUUUAGUUUAUCUUUAUUUUGGGAUGCAUGAGGGAUUGUCUCUAUAGCAAAUAAUAAAGAUGUAUUUAUUUUCAAUA